AUGUUCAAGGGUUGUAGUUCAGCUUCACAACAACAUCAGAUCGCGUCGUCGGGAUUUCUCCGGUUAGAAAUGUUUGAUCCAAGUGCACCCGGUGUGACAAAGCAAAUGAUGUUGGAUUGGUUACGCAUCAAUUAUCCCAAGUUUCCAGUCAUAUCAAGUACCCGCAAGAGCAGUGUAGCCGAGAUGGUACGGAAGAAACAGCCUGAGUUUUUCCCCAAUCCACAGAGCGAUGCACCAGGAGUGAUGCCUGGCAAUUCCGAUACACUGAAUGGAUUCCAAACGACGAUGCCUGCUUCACCUCAAUCACCCUCAACGCCAGCAAUCGAACACGAGCAACCAGUCAAUCAAUCUGAUACCUCCACUUCGAGUCAAUUCGAUCAGCCAGUGUUACCUCAAGAGGUCCCCAAGCCACCGAUUGCACUAGAACACCAAGUCAAGCGAUCUGGUUCCCCAAGCUACAGUGCGAAGCCCGCCAAGCGAGCCACCUUUGUGUUACACGAGCUAGCUCUGCCAGUCAAUUUACCACAAGAGCCCCGGCACCCAUCGAUUCCGCCAGAACGAGAACGUCAACUCAAGCGGUCUGGUUCCCCCACUCCCAACAACCAGCUUUCCAAACGUGCUCACUUGGGUGACGAGGGGCCGUCUCAGCUUCGAAGAAAAAGUUCAAAGAAAGAAAAAAAGCGAGUAGCAAAGGUCUUUCCUUUUUCACAAUCAAACAAAACUUCGCAUUUGGAACCACUCAAGUCAACACCAGCUGUGCACAACUCGUGUAUCGACUUAUUGGACAGUGCAAGCACAGAAGAUCUCAAAGCCCUACAAUCUUAUGAAAUAGAAUCUAUCAAAUCAUCAAAAACUUCGAAUGGCAUUCCUUCAAGCUCAAAAAUGACUGGAAUCAACGAUCUUAUCAAGAGUCCAGAGACUCCAGAAAUGAAGGAUCUCAUUGAUUUCUCAGGGGUGGACUUGCUUGGGGUUGAAGAUCUACCAGCUAUCACGGAAGACAUACAAGCACGCAAAAAAACAACAUCAACAACUAAGUCUGGCAUCGAUGUGUCCAAGAAGAAAGACGUCGAGUGGAGAUAA